CUCGAAGCUAUAAUCCUGCCAGAGAUUACCAGGGCAGCUGUCUACACAUACAAUCACAUCAUCGCCAUCGCAAAUCGAUAAGACCCUACCUAACUGACCACGCCAACCCAGAGUCACCGCAGUCAUCACCAGGAGUCACCACCAGAAUCCGAACUAGUCCCUAUAAAUCCAGCCUCGCAAGCAACAUCCCACACAGACACACACACACACACACACAUACACACAGAUCCCCCGUAUUGAAUCCACAGCAGCAGCCUCAGCACAACACAAAAUGUCGUCCCUCCCGCGCCUCAGACCCCUAACCCGGCUCCUCCUGCGCCCUCAACGCCCUCACAACCACCACCACCUCGACCCCCUACCAACUCUCCCAACCCCAACCAUCAUCACAAAACCUCAAACGCGCACCCUCCGCUCCGCAACCGCCACCUCCGCCACAGCAACAACAACCCCAACAACCCCCCGAACCAUCCCCGGAAGCCAACCACCAACCCGCCCCCCCAACGAAGCCUACGAAAUCACCCAAGCCGAAACGCAGCUCACCACGCACCCGCUCCUGCAGACCCUGCGGUGCGACAAAAGCUACACCGAGACCCGGCCGCACCUGUCCAUGAUCCCCGCGCACCGCGCCUCGCACUUCGUCGCGGGCACCCUCUCCGGCGCCCACAAAGUCACCGUCCCGCCGUACGUCUUCACGCGGACCAAACCAACCCAAUCCCCACAGCGCGAACCACCCCACCAUCCGGCGAAAGCACCGCAAGCACCGCAAGCAACGCUCGCGCAAACCAUCUCCCUCUUCCACCUGGGCACGACCCUCAACGGCCACCCGGGGUACGUGCACGGCGGCCUGCUGAGCGUGAUGUUCGACGAGACCUUCGCGCGCUGCGUGGCGGCCUCUUUCGCCAGCGGGGUGGGGAUGACGGCCAACCUGAGCGUGGACUUCCGGAAGCCCGCCCGGCCGGACCGGGUGUAUGUGCUGCGCGCCGAGACGGUGCGGGUCGAGGGCCGGAAGGCGUGGGUGGAGGGGUCGUUGACUUCGCUGCCUCCUGCGGGUAGUGCCUCCGAGGGAGAAGGGACGAUGGUCGCGGAGGCGAGGGCGUUGUUUGUCGAGCCGAAGUUUGCCGAGUCUAUGGUGCCGUUGUAUCGGAAUUGAUGGAGUCGAACAUUGUGGUGGGCUGCAGUGGGAGAGUAUAGUGAGGAGUUCAGUACGUGAGUACAGUGAGAAGUGCGUAUAAUACCCGGCGUUGUCUUUCAUACUAGAAUAAACAUAGACCAACAUAGACAUAGACACACAUAACAUAGACACACU